GUUGCUUGUGUCACACAGGGUGUUCAGUUAUUUAUCGGAAGGAAAAAGCUCUCUUUGCCAAGCUGUCACAGUGUCUGGAACGAAAUACUGCAGGGAUUGCCUGUAUAAACGUGUAGAUGUACAUGUAACUAUUGGAAUACUAUGGCCAACUGUUGCAUGUAGCACGCAGGGUGUUAAGUAAAUUUGCCAGAAACCUAUCCAUGCCAAGCUGUCACACAGUGUCCUGAGCAGGCUACUACAGGCGUCAUUGCGUAUACUUGUAACUAUUCAUUGCAUGUACCAUGGAUACUUACCAGUUUCAAACGGCAUUUGUACGCGGUCAUCGGCGCACUCCAAGUGAUGUACAGUUUAAGGAGCUAAUGAGGAAGGAUGCCCAGGUGGCCAUGAAUAAGGAGUUACUGAAGCUGUCUCAGACAGCCCAAGGUGCUUCACAGGAGAAAGUCAGGCAGGAUUUUGAAAACUUUGAGAAGCUCUUCUCUCGUUUCCUUUUGGAAACUGGGCCAUCAGUCGAAUGGGAGAAGAUUAAACUGCUACCAGAUGAGGCAAUACGUUCCUAUGGGGAGAUUAAGCAGAAGGACCUGAGAGAUGUCAAGUCUCUCCUUGAUAAGCUUGUGGUCAUCAAGCUUAAUGGAGGCCUGGGAACUAGCAUGGGAUGUACCGGACCGAAAAGUGCCAUUUGUGUCCGCAAUGACCUCACCUUCUUGGAUCUGACAGUACAACAAAUAGAGCACUUAAACAAGACAUAUGACACAGACGUACCUUUGGUGCUGAUGAACUCCUUUAACACAGAUGAGGACACACAGAAUAUUCUGAGGCGGUAUAGCCAGAUCAAAGUCAAGAUUUUCACAUUUUUACAGAGCAGAUUUCCCAGAAUAAACAGAGAAUCUUUACUUCCUAUUGCCAAAAACUUUGGUCCAGAUUCUGAUGAUGGCUGGUAUCCACCAGGUCACGGUGAUGUCUAUCACAGUUUUUACAACUCUGGUCUUCUGGAUGAGUUUGUCAAACAAGGCAAGCAGUACGUUUUUGUGUCCAACAUCGACAACCUGGGAGCUACAGUUGACCUCAAUAUAUUGCACUUCUUGUUAGACCCCACAGAAGGCACAGCACCAGAAUUCCUGAUGGAGGUCACAGAUAAGACGAGAGCCGAUAUCAAGGGAGGUACGCUGGUGGAAUAUGAUGGCAAGCUGAGGCUUCUGGAAAUGGCACAGGUGCCAAAGGAACAUAUAGAUGAAUUUAAGAGUGUGAAUAAGUUCAAGAUUUUUAAUACCAACAAUUUAUGGAUCAAUUUAGAAGCAAUAAAAAGGGUUGUUGAAGAAAGCACGUUACAUAUGGAGAUUAUAGUAAACCCAAAGACGUUGGAGAAUGGGACAAAUGUCAUCCAGCUUGAGACGGCUGUGGGAGCAGCCAUUAAGAGUUUUGAGGGUGCUGUGGGUAUUAACGUGCCCAGACGGAGGUUCCUCCCUGUCAAGACGACCUCUGACCUUCUGGUUGUCAUGAGCAACCUGUACGGGUUGAAGACAGGAGCACUGGAGAUGAGCCCCAAACGGUCCUUUCCUUCUGUCCCACUCACAAAACUGGGGACACAUUUCACAAAGGUGAAAGAUUUUCUGCGUCGUUUUGCUAGCAUUCCUGAUAUGUUAGAGCUAGACCAUCUCACUGUGUCUGGAGAUGUCACAUUUGGGAAGGAUGUCUCACUUAAGGGCACUGUGAUAAUCAUCGCCAAUCAUGGAGAUCGAAUUGACAUCCCAUCCGGAGCUCUUCUGGAAAACAAGAUAGUGUCUGGCAAUUUACGCAUUAUGGAUCACUGAUUUAUUCAACUUGUUCUUUCUCGCCCAACACUGACCUCCCCCCCCC